CUGCCCAUGUCGUAAUACCUGGGGCUUGGCUACUGAACCAUAACAACCGCAUUGGCUGUUUCAUUCGUGAAGCCUCAAACUUUCUCCUCUCUCUCGCCGUUCGGAAAUUUUGCUCAGCCAUCCAUGUACAACUCAGCCUAGAGCUCUCCGAUCAAUUGAUUAGCCUAUCAAUGCAGCUUUGGUUCCUGCACUUUACAGUUGCAUUUUUUAGGUGAGUGGAUACAAGAACAGACACAUUGGUCAUCAGCUUGAUAUCUGUUGGACCUUAAAUACCAGAAGGUUACUGUCUUCAAUUUUGAAUAUGAUAGACAUGGCAUGGCUUAGCGCCAUAAUACUUGGAGCAGGAUGUCUUGCUUUGGGUUAUAUUAUUGGUGUGCGCCACUCUUCUCGCACUUCUCUGUCAAACAAAGCAUCUGGUGACACUGAAACUCUAAUUGAUGGGAAAAAGAAAAAAGGGGUCAAGCCACCUCUUGAAGUUGAAAGACUGGCCGAGAUCCUUGAAAAUUUCAAAAUGGUUUUGGUAGUCAGGAAUGACUUGAAGAUGGGGAAAGGGAAAAUAGCUGCACAAUGCAGUCAUGCAACUUUAGGUCUCUACAAAAAGCUCCAUAAUAGGGCGCCAAAAGCUUUAAACAGAUGGGAGAUGUGUGGACAGGUGAAGGUUGUGGUGAAGAUUGAAAGGGAGGAAGAUAUGUUGCUUUUGCAAGAAAGGGCAAAAUCACUUAAUAUACCAACACAUAUUACAAUUGAUUCUGGGAGAACACAAAUUGCGCCAAACUCGAGGACAGUGAUGGCUGUACUUGGACCAGCUGAUUUAGUUGACGACAUAACUGGCGGAUUGAAGCUUUUGUAGCGGCAGUCACGUUAAGGUCCUCUGCAUUAUGGAACUAGAAUGAGAAAUCACCAUUAUUGGAAAUUCAUCUACUGCCCUGGUGUUGCAAACUUUUUUCAACUGAUGAUGAUGAUAUUUGUUGCUCCUUUUAAGCUGCAUAACAUUUCUAACGUGCAAUGCAAGAGACGAAAUGUGAGGUCCAGCUUUAUAAUUCUGACGCUAA